AUGAGCUCUGGCCGACGGGAUGUGUUUGAAGGACUUACCUUCCACUGCCAUGCUGGGCCUGGCAAUGACGAUGCGCUGGCGGUGAGCCAGCUUGUCCGGGCGUAUGUGGUGCUGGGCGGCGGCGAGUGGGCGGCAACACUCUCGCCUUCAGUUAGCCAUGUGGUAGCCAGUGACAAGUCAUACUCUGUUCCGCAGGCACUCAAAGACUCGAUUGCGCUCGUCUCGCCGUCAUGGGUCAUCGAGGCAGUUCGCUCGGGAUCGCUUCCACCGCUGGGUCAAGCUGCUUCGGUCGACCGCUAUUUGAAAGUCUCGAGCUAUCAUGCUGCUGCUGCGGGCGAGCUCCUGAUCUCGCUGCAGAACGAGGUGGCCAAGGGCGCGACGGUGGCUGGGACGAAUCAGUCGCUGGCGCUGAUGCUGAACAACAUCCAGUUUUGCACCUCGCAGGUUCCACGCAAAGUGCGGCAGGGACUGGUCAAGCUGAUAGAGGCGCUUGGCGGGCAAUACGAUGGGAUGCUGACGGCGGACACGCAGGUGCUGCUCAUCCACCGGCCGAUGGGUGCCAAGUACAAGUUUGCCAAGGAGAACGGCAUACCGAUGCUGAUGGUUGAGUGGCUGCUGGACUCUGUGGCGGCGCACACGCUUCUCCCGCUGCACGGGUACGUGGUGGCGGCGUCGCUGGCAGAGCUGCUCGACUCGCAGAAGCUCUCGCUAGCGCGGAUGAUCCAGUCGCAGCUGGCGUCGUCGAUGACGCUCACACCGCAGUCGACAGGCAAGUCUGGAACGCAGGCGUCGUCGUUGUUUUCGGUCGACUCGACGUUCUCCGACGUGACGCUCCUGCUUGCGGGGACGACGUUUUGCCUUACAGAGGACGACGAGGCCGAGCGUGCGUCGUACGCCGAGUCACUGGAGACGAUGGGUGCCCGGGUGCUUGCCGAGUACUCGCCGUCUGCAACGCACCUGCUCUGUGUGGCUCAGUCGUCACCCGAGUACCAGCGCGCGGUGGCGGACGGCCUGACGAUUGUGACCAAGUUCUGGGUCCACGACUGCUCGCAGGUAUGGCAGAUGCUGCCGCCCACACUUAAGCCGCUGUACUAUCCUGUUGUCUCACACGACGCCAUUCCCAACGCUGGCAAUCUGCGGAUUGCCAUCACACGGUACGCCGGCGACCUGCGCAAGGACGUCCGCGACAUGAUCGUGGCGAUCGGGGCGAAGUACACGUCGGAGCUCUCGGCGGACCACACGCAUCUCAUUGCGGCUGAGCCUGUGGGCGAAAAGUACACGUCGGCCGUCAGCUGGGGCGUCACAGUCGUCUCGCACUUUUGGAUCGAGAAGGUCUUUUCUAGCUGGACGCUCGUCGACACGGCGCCGUAUACGACGCUCGACCAGAGCGUGCUUGACGACAUUGAGCGAAAGACCAUUAGCAACUUUUCGUCGCAAGUCGAGAACGAGGAUCCAGACGCGGCUGUGCCCGAGGUGCCGGAGCCAAUGCCGGAGCCAAUGGAUGUGGCCGCUGACGGCACCGCCUCGACGGGCCCGCCAUCUGUCCGCGCGGCGCUCUCACUCGCCCCGUACCCGACACUGGCAUCUGGCUACUCGACGACCGAGCCGACGUCAAGCGGGCCGGUUAGCGCCGACCAGCGCGCUGCUACCAGAACUGUUUCUGGUGCGCUUGCUGCCGAGGCUGUCGUGGCAAAGAGAAAGGAGGGUGGCGAAGCGGCCUCUGAGAUUGACGAAGAGGCUGCAGCGGCUGCCAAGGCCAAGGAGGAGGCCGAGGCUGCAGCGGCUGCCAAGGCCAAGGAGGAGGCCGAGGCUGCAGCGGCUGCCAAGGCCAAGGAGGAGGCCGAGGCUGCAGCGGCUGCCAAGGCCAAGGAGGAGGCCGAAGCUGCAGCGGCUGUCAAGGCCAAGGAGGAGGCCGAGGCUGCAGCGGCUGCCAAGGCCAAGGAGGACGCCGAGGCUGCAGCGGCUGCCAAGGCCAAGAAGGAGGCUGCCGCAAAGGCCAAGCAGGAGGCUGCAGCGGCUGCCAAGGCCAAGCAGGAGGCUGCAGCGGCCACAAAGGCCAAGAAGGAGGCUGCCGCAAAGGCCAAGGAGGAGGCUGCAGCGGACUCUAAGGCCAAGAAAGAAGCCGCCGCCAAGGCCAAGAAAGAGGCUGCAGCGGCCGCCAAGGCCAAGAAAGAAGCCGCCGCCAAGGCCAAGAAAGAGGCUGCAGCGGCCGCCAAGGCCAAGAAAGAAGCCGCCGCCAAGGCCAAGAAAGAGGCUGCAGCGGCCGCCAAGGCCAAGGAGGCUGCAGCGGUCGCCAAGGCCAAGAAAGCGACACCCGCCAAGAGCGAGGAGACCGAAGCAUCCUCCAAGGCCGAAGGAGCCGCCUCGCCAUCAACCAACCCGCCGCCUCCAUCAUUCUCCACCCUGCCGUCGCUCGACGCCAAGCGCGCGCCGUCGCUACUGGAGCGCAAGGCGUCGGCGCAGGCAAACAAGCUCACCGCGCUCGGCGCGUCGGUCAUUCCGCCGACCCAUGACUACGACGCAACAGCCACCCACAUUGUCCUGCCCAAGAUCGCCACUACCGCCAAGUUCCUCUCCGGCCUUGCUGCCGGUGUGUGGAUGAUCAAGCCGUCGUACAUUGCCGCCUCGGUUUCCGCCGGAGAGCUCCUCACCGACUUUGUCGACUACGAGUACGCCGGCAACGCCGUCGUCCGCGCCUCAGGCAUCUGGCGCGGCGCGCCGGCAUACUGGCGCAAGCAUCGCCAGGACGGCGAGCCCGGCCCGUUUGUUGGCAUGUCGGUCAUCAUUCUCGGCGGUUGCCUCCCGCGCUCGGUCAUCGAGGCCGGCGGCGGCUCGGUCCUCGCUGUCACGACCCCGGUCUCAGCCCGCACCCGCAGCGCUGCCUCGAUCGCCAUCGUCGCUCCCGACGUCGCCACCAAGUCGCCCGACCUCAUCCCGCACCUCUACAGCCUCGUUGACGCCGGCAUCCCGCUCGUCUCCAAGUCGUACUUUGUCGAUCUCCUCUGCUCCAAGAAUAACGUCGACGCCGCAAAGUACUUUAUCGAGCUCGACGCGGCACCGCCCACACCCGGCAAGCGCAAGCGUUCCGCGACUGGCGCCACAGCCGCCAACCCGCGCGCAUCCAAGCGCGCGAAGAGCUCCACACCCGCUCGCCGCACCUCGCGCUCGCGGCGGCAGUGAUCGCGCCCAUGCUGUGCAACCUAAACUGAGAAUAUGCCAA